AUGUCUGAACAAGCUAGGGCAAUCAUCUCUGAAGUCUCGGGCCAUGACCUUGAUCAAUGGCUACGGCCAUCUACAUUUACGAAUGAGCUAGAAGAGUCUAUUAGAGGCCAUAUUCACGAAGAAUUGACGAGCUGGAUGUUUUAUCGUAAGCUCGCAGCAGACUGUUCGCGAGCCAACGUUGCUCUGCACGGAUUUGCCAUGUAUGUCACCUAA